AUGUCGGCUUGGCCAUUUAGCCAGCCUUUAGCAUUCAGGGGCCGUGUCCCUGAGGAGGGUGGUGGUGCUGGUCCUGAUCCCCCCGUGGCCAGUUAUGAGUCCGGGGAUUCCAUGGCAGACGAAGCACUGCCUCAACGAAGAAGUCCCAAUAUAGGCACGUCAGUCGCCAUCAAUAUCGACAGUGGUGCUUAUGCCAUUCCUAUAUGUCUUCUCGACGGGACCGGAAUCCUUGAAUACGCCACUCGCGUCCUACCUCAUCGUGGCGCACAGCUAACACUGCCUUAUGUAAAUGGGGACAUCGGGUAUACCAUCAUUCACUACCUAUUCACUGGCGCUUACCGAACCGAAGAGCCAGAAGAUGUUAUUGAUAUCCCGAUUGCACAGUUGGAGUACAUUCGAAGCGUCAAGGUCUACCAUGUCGCCAAACUCUACAGCCUCCACAAGCUCUGCAGGCACGCAAAGGCAAACAUGCGAAGGUGGGAGAAACAUGUUGCGCUGGUUGAUAUUCUCAGCAUAGUGGUUGAGAAUUACCCAUCGGUAUCCAACGACUUCUGGCUCCCUAUCUACCUUACCCGCAUUAUCACCAACCAGUUUCAGGAAGACGAAACACUCUUCACGCAGAAGGGCUUCUUGGAUUGCUUUGGUAAGGCGGUGGACUUUGAUCGCUUCCUCGCAGGGGUUAUGGCCGAGACAUAUAGCGAAAGGCUAGCUGCUGUCCGACGUGGGCCGCCCCCUGUAGAGAUCUAUAACAGACCCGAGUUUGUAAUUCCAAGCCCCCCGCCGCAGGGACCUAUAGAACCCUGGAUACCCCAGCCUCAACAUACGGAUCCCGACUUUCCUCCAGUGAAGAUCGAGUACAGGGUCCUUGAUCGCUGGGCGCCUCUGACGCAAAUUUAUCCAUUUUAUGAUAACGCAGAGCCCCGUUCCUCUCAAUCGUCUGACUCGAUGGUUAUCACACGAAGUUCGAGCUUGGGCUGA